AUGAAGGCACUAGUAGCUUUAAUACUGCUUGUUCAGCUUCCAAUUCACAAAGCUGUACCAGCAGCUCCCCCUGCUCCCUUGGGCUGCGAUGACCCAGAAUCUGAAGCAGCAGCUGAAGUUGCUGCGAAUUAUAUUAAUGGCCACAGUCAUCAUGGAUACAAGUUUGCCUUAAACAGAAUCGAGGAUAUCCGCGUGGUGCCCCAGGGGCCAAAUAAUGACAUCAUAUUUCUUGAACUUGACUUACUGGAGACCAAGUGCCCUAUUCUCAGCCCUACACCUCUUGCAAAUUGCACAGUGAGGAGCUUUGCAGAUCAUGCAGUUGAGGGUGACUGUGAUGUUAAACUGCAGAAAGUGGAUGGGACAUUAUCUGUGCUUGCUAGCAAAUGCCACUCACAUGCAGACUCCGGUGAAGACAUUCGCAAAGUCUGCCCUGACUGUCCACUGCUGGCAAGCAUGAACAACACAGAGGUGUUAGAAACGGUGUCAGCUGCACUCAAUGACUACAACAGCAAAACCACGGAAUCUUACCUCAGGCUCCUCGAGAUCGGAAGAGCCAAAAUACAGUAUCACCCAGGGCACGUUGUUAUUACUGAGUUUGCUGUGGGUGCCACGAACUGCUCUGCAGAAGAAGCUAAAGCCAACGUGGGGGCUUGUCAGCUGCUGCCCGAGGAUCAGUCUAAUUUUGGUUUCUGCACAGCAGUGAUGGUGAAACGUCCCUCACAAGAACUUCAGGUGGACUGCCAGAUGUACGGCCAUCAGCCUGGAGUUACCUACAUUCAUCCAGGUCAAGACACAUCAGCAGGACUGGCACCCAGUGCUGCAGGCUUCACAAACCAUAAUCUUGGGCUUGCCCACAAUAAUCCUGUUGCAUCUGAAUCGAGCUCUUCAGAAAUUUUGCGUUCCAUGCUCUCAGCAAAAUCGGUAACAAAGAGAGCAGUUGCAGAGGCUGCUCAGCGUGACAAAGUACCUCGCCCAGUUGGCUUUGUGCCUCCUCCUCCUCCCUGUCCUGGGAAGAUUCGCCAUUUCGAUAUCUAGGCUGUGUUUCAGACAUGCAAUGCAGCCAAACUGAGCGAUCAGCGCAGCAGCAGCAGCAGCAGCAGCAGCAGCACAGAGACCACAGCAUCGAGUACAAAUAGGUGCGAAUGCUUGACUCUGAGCACAAAUGAGUUUUACCCGCCCAGAGAGCAGAGUCAUGGUCAGAGUCUUGCAAAGGCCUGCUCCAAAAUAUAAAUGAUUACAACAUAUAGCAAUAGUUUACUUUAUAUACAGGGAUUCUCUAGUUAAAAUACAGAAAAUAUUGUUUCAGUGACA